AUGACUACCCUACAAUUCUCGUCCGACGAGGACGGCCUGGAUGACAUUAUCAACGCGGACAACGACACCCUGGAGGAUAUUGAUCAGGAAAAUACCUUUGCCGGAUUCGACCUCACCGAGAUUAGUAACCUGAAAGGCAUCUGUACUGCCCUAGAGACCGUUACGAGCGUAAAAGAACUGAAGAAAUGGCUCAAGGGUAUUCUAUUCCGACCCCAUUUCCUAUACUGUUACCUGCACGCUAUCCUUCCCGCUCAAUUUAGCGGCAACAACAUGAACCGAGGUGAAUCGUUCACUACCAUCAUUGCCCGUAUCCAUGCCGCGGCCAACAGCGGUAAUACCAAAUACCUCGACCAUUUUUCCGACAAGACCAACUGGGACCGGGCCGACUGGACUGCCUUUUGUUUACUUACCCUGGCGAUCCUCCGCAUUAUUCGACAGGAAUUUGCCGCUUCCCGUGUGGAAAAAGGUAUGGCCCUCCUCAGCAUAGAUAAAGAGACGCGCGACCUUAUCCGUGCUUCUCUCCAGACCCCCCACCCCCCACCUAGCGAGAACGCUGGUCUGGAGAAGGACCCGAGGAAGCCUUCCACAGAACCUCCCACGUCUGGACCCGCUGCCCCCGCUGCCCCCGAGAAACCGGCCUCCAAGCUAAGGGUCCCAAGCAAGCGUUCUACCCGACCCCCCCAGCCGAGACCAAGCCGAAGCAUGAGGUCGUCUGCUAAGAGCAAGAAUCUUACAGGAAUCCCGACUCCCGUUUCCGCUGCCCCUGCCCCUGCCAGUACCCCCCCAUUGGCAAGCCGAUCAUCCACUCCGACCCCCGAUACCCCUACACCGGCCGGGCCGACUCCCGACCUCAGCGAGCCCUAUUGGCAGUUCCAUUUGAUCGAACUGUGUCUGCGCCUCAUCGAGGAGGAACUAGCAGAGGAGCCGGCACCAGAUGCCUCGGAUACUGGUAACACAAAGCUCCCCCAUAAGGAUAACAUGCAGGACGAGGCGGAUGAGACCUCCAUGACACCAUUUAAGGUCCUUAUGGUUACCGCGGGGCCCUACUCCAUAUAUCAUCCUACCGGGCAAGAGGUCGAUACGCUGACAUUGGCACACUACACCGCCGACACUAUUCAGGAGGCCCAUAAAGAUACGCCUGACGGCCGGGUAACCCUGUCUCAAGUCACCGCGGCAUCCAUCGAAAUCGCUCGCGAGCAGCAGACUUGGCUCGACAACCUCGAACUCCAGCGCGAGAAUCACGAGGAGGCCUGCGAGGCGCUCAAUAUCAGCAACCCAGACGUCCCUAAGUAUCCCGCGAUAAGGAUCAAUACGUCCUUCCGUUUUUGGCAGCCCGUGGCCAUCUAUGCAAUCGCACAGUUCCGCGAAAAUCCACUGCUCUCCGGGUGCAUCUUGGCCGAUAUGGUUGGACUUGGCAAAACCUGGAUGGUUACCGGGUAUAUUCUGCACCGGGCUACAACGCUGAAAGGCAAGCCCACCCUCAUUAUCUGCCCCCCCCACCUGGUGUGGCAAUGGGCCGCUGAGAUCAAGGCCGUCACCAAACGGCUCAAGGUCAUUGUGUACUUUAGAGACGCGCGGGAAGACCUCCCAGUCGACGUCAAAGUCAUCCCCAAGCUGGCAGGCGACCUCCCAUGGAUGACUGGCCCGCAAGCACAUCAUGCCGUGAUCAUUACCAGUUAUCAGACCUUGGCGCAGCGACAUGGACCCGCCGAGUACAAGUCAUGGGCGGAAGAAUAUGGCAACGGCUCCCUGGCGGAGUGGCCUAAAUCCCUUCAGGGACUGUUCGACACGAUGAUCCACCCUGAGUGGACCAUCCUGGUCACCGCUACCCCCAUCUUCAAUUCCUAUAACGAUAUGGCCGGUUUACUCCCAUUCCUGUUGCCACCCAAAAACGAUGACUUGUGGAUAGGCGUAGACCCCAAGACCAACCCGUUUACGCUCCCCGAUACCUACCCCCAAGCCCAGCUGAUCCUCACGAAUGAGGCGGUCCAGCGAUUCAUCCUCAAAACGUCUGACGAACUCGUCUGCCCGGAUAGUGUGGUCCGCGGCCUCCGCUUCCGCCAACUAUGGAAAUACCUGAUAAUCCGGCGCUCGUUAUCCUCCUGCAUCCCGUUUGCGAAUGGUAAACGCAUUGGCGAUAACAUACCUCCUUCCCAAUACCAAUGGAAGCAAUUCCGCCGCUACCUCUUUGUCCAGACCCGCGAGGGCCAAAUCAUAUGGAACAUGGCCAAGUAUCGAGAACUCACGCUGGUUACCACCUGGCUGUUCUUCAGGUAUUGCCACCACCUCCUAGUGCAAGUUAGUGUACGAUCCCUCGACACUCAGGCCCGGCGCCUCACACUCGGUCCUCAACUGAUCAAGAAGGCGAUACAAGUUGAAAACCAGAUCCUGAUGCGAAAGCAUACCGAGGAUACUACAGCCCCUGCCCCGGUGACGCAUAAUAUUCCCGAGCAAUUUACCGAUCAAGACGUCCUCCUGUACCUGUUGCGCGGCAGCCCGAAGUUACGCGCCCUCCUGUCUAUAAUCCAGCAGGAGCAGUUCUUUAUCGCUGCUGCCCUUUACCACGCCCGUAUUGACUGCCGGGUCUUCCACUCGGAACUCAACUCCAAGGAGCGUGUCGAGCUGGUACGAGAUUUUACAACCAAAGUGGAUGAAUGCAUGGUCUUAAUAUGCUCCUAUUACGUUAACGCAGCGGGUUCUAACCUUCAGGAUCUCUGCCGGAACGUACACCUCUUUGAUACCCCCACAUCCGACCCCCUCAAGCAGCAAGCCAUCGGGCGGGUAAGCCGUGUCGGGCAGACCCGGACGGUCAAGAUUUACGAUUACAUUGUGUCGGACAGCUUCAAUGCUGGCGUCUUUGCCAAAAACCUUACUAAGGCUGUCCCCGACCUUGUGACCACCCUGAAUUGGGAUAUGUUUACCGAUACCCUGGACGUGACUGGAGACAGUUCGGUACCGAACUUUAAUAUCGGUAUAUGGGUUCUCAAUCAGGAUGAUACUAUCAGCAAGGUCCGCUAUGCCCCGAUGGAACUCGUCCCCAAGGACCAACGCCUCUCCCCAGAGGACGUAGUCAAAGCCUUAAUCAGUACUAUAAAGGCGAGUUCUCGCAUACGUGAAAUGUCUGAUAUCAACGUCCAGUAUCUGGAGGGCGAGGAGGCUAGGAAAGAUGGUAAAGGCCCUAUAGAUAUAACAGAAGAUGUACCUGGGAAUGUAGCAGAGGGCUCCGACCCUAAGAAAAGAAAGGCGGAUGAGAUAAAACUAUCCUAA